GUCUGGGACAUUUGGAGAGAAUAGGGGCUUAUAAUGUGCUAUAUGUAUGGCGGGCAUAGCUGGCAACAUACAAUACUAUUGACCCCAGCCCCAAACUUUAGUUGCACUCAGAGAAAUGAGAUCCCUUGAGCCUAAUGUAUCCAGCUUUCUGUCUCUCUGGCAUGUCUUUUUUGCAACAAAAUACUCCUAAGAAAGGCAAGAUAUGAUAUUUGCUUAAAUAUAUAACCUCUUAUGUGCCAGCCUCUUAUAUGCAAGAGAAUUGUGCAUCAUGCUCAUGAUGAUAUCUUAUGAGACAUUAUGAUGACAUUAGGGGCAUCUAUAAGAUGUCUCAGGGGAGGUCACCUUGUGCCAACAUUAUUUUGAGACCCUACGGAGUCUUUAUGGAAGAGCUUCCAGGCUUCCCCAAUAGCUUUGGUAGGUCCAGUGAAUUCAUGGGAAUUUCAGCACAACAGCUCUGAGAAGUAGACAUUUCUUUGUAAAAGAGGAAUGCUCCAUUAGUCUUCUGAAAUGGUAACUAGUACAAUGGAAAGUGAGGCAAUUUCGUUUCUUACAGCAUUGAAAAGCUGGGUUAAUCAUGGGAGAGGGGAACAUGAAGUUCUAUUUCCAGAUAACUAAUAUAUGAGAUUUAUGAACUAUUUUUGCCACAUUUGAAGACUAGCUGCUGAAGUUACAGUGAACUGUUUGAACUCUAAGGCAGUCACACCUAGCAUAGCCAAUGAAACUAUUGUCAGCCUACAGAGUCUUUAUCAAUGGUACAAUGUCUAUGCUGUCCGGUUGGACUGUGAAUCUAGGCUUAAUUUUCAUGGUACCAUCUGAUGUUGUCUUUGCUUCAGCGCUUUGCCCUCUGUUGUAACUUUAGAAAGAAAUGUGCCGGAGGAAAGCUAUUUGUGUGUGUGUGUGUGUGCACACGCAUGUGUGAACUGCUUUGCUGUCAGACCUUAAAGUCUUGUUAGCAAUGGCUCUAUGGCAACCUGCUUAGUAACAAAAAACAUUAGCCAACAAUAACUCCUUUCAGGAGCACUGAGGGAGUAUUGCUGAAGGGAAGCCAGUUUAAAGAACUCAACAUUUAACACUGCAAGCAUCUGGUCAUUGCUUUAAAGGAAUGGAUAACCAGUGGUCUUCAUUCCCAUGCCACAGUUGUUGCUGGGCGAUGCCAAUUGAAGCUAAACCUACAUAUAGAACUUUCAUAACAAAUCCUACUUUCAUCUGCAGUGGUUCCUUAUUAGCACAUCCUGCCUGUGUUAUUAGACCAUUCUUCCCAGCAAGGUGUGUACGUCUUGACCAUUGCCCCGGUUUUCCUGAUACAACGUGUAAGGCAGUAAAGAAUUUGAAGGAAUCAUUGAACAUGGUUGGCAUUCCCAUUCUUGCAAGAAGGGACACUGAUGGGUAUUAUUACCUUGGCACAAUAAUAAAGAAGGUAGAGAGUGAGAAAACAUCAUUCCUUGUACAGUUCACCAAGCUCUUUGGAGUGGAAGACACAACUUGUGUGCAAACAACAGCCAGCAGCGACAUCCUUGAGUAUGUGAAUGGAAUGAAACAUUCCAUCUUGCCAGGUGACAAAGUGCUGGCGCCUUGGGAACCAGAGCAGAAGAGAUACGGCCCUGGCACAGUCACACUAGGAAUUGAGAACAGGGAUCCACUGAGAGCCAAAGAAGAUGAAGAAAUUACAGUCAGCUUCUGGAAUGGCAAGAAAGUGAGAGUUCCACUUGGAGUGGCCUUGUGGAUUCCACCAACGCAGUGGAAAAGGAUUGUGGAGAUGAUUCAUAUGCCCCUCAGCAGCAGGAAGAAGUUUGAAGGGCAACAUCACCAGGCUAAUUGUCACAUCUGUUCAUUUAGGCCUGUACCAGCUUCCCUGCAUGCAUGUACUUUAGAGGGCCUUCUGAAGUGGCAGUGGCCAUAUUAUCCCUGUACCAGUCCUUCCCAUAGUUGUUUUCAUCACAUGUGUUCUCUGCUUCCACACAGACAUUAUGUCUGCUGCUGCUACUACUUCAAACCCAGGGGCUGGUCAGACCAGCCUUCUUCAGCUGAAUUUUCUGUGGGAGAUAUAAAAGAGGACAGUUUCAGCAGUAAGCUCUUCCCCCAACAACUAGCACUGGAAGGCCCUGCAAAAGACCAGUCAGCUGUUGCCACAUCUGGCUCUUCUUCAUGUUCCUCAGAUUCGCAAAGUGGUGAAACGCAGCAUGUGACUAAGACCACAAUGGUAGAUCAUGCAGUAAACACAGAUUCUACCCUUUUUGAUAAGCCCAAACCAAAAGAAAGCAGGAGACCAGAUUGGAAGUACUGGAAGAGAAGUCAUCCCAACUCCUUUUAUAAUAGCCAAGGAACCAACAUUUGGAGUGGCUGUGAAAAGAAGAGAGCUGCAACCUGUACAAUUUCUUAUAUGGAUAGGUCUCCAACUGCUUUAAUGAACCAGAGUGCUAUGUUUGAAAAUAUUGAACAGUCUCCCCGAAGACCACUUACUGUGAAAGAAAUCCUGUCCGGUGAAGAUAUAAAACUAUUCUCAGGUGGAGGGUAAACAGUCAAUCACCACUGAGCUCCUGUAGGUGUUUGUAAGCUGGAUGUUAACACAAGUAACGUUUGUAUCAUACGAUCUAUUUCACUUAAGUACAUUAUUGAAUAAUUUAGUGUCCAAAUAUCAAUAGUGUUAAGAAUGUAUUUGUAUAUAAAUGCCACGUGGUAUUGUUU